AUGCCGAAGCGGAGUCAGCUGCUGCAGGCCCUGGACCACUACAAGGGCCGGGAUUACGACGCCGAGAAGCAGAAGAAGCUCGUUCGGGCUGCGAAGAAGAAGAAGGCGGCGAAGCAGGCUGAUCCCGCGGAAGAUGUUACGCCACAGGUUGAAUCGGAAAAAGUGAAGAAGGCGGAGGAAGCCGAGGAGAGCGACGAGGAAAGUGACGAACAGUCUGAAGACAACGCCGAAGAAAAGAGCGACGACGAACACAACGAGAACGAGGAAGAAGAGGAAGAUGACGAGGAAGAGGAGGAAGAAGAUAUCCCCCUGUCAGACCUCUCCGACGACGAAAGAGAAGAUGUCAUCCCGCACCAGCGUCUCACAAUCAACAACUCCGCCGCCAUCACCUCCUCCCUCAAGCGCAUCUCCUUCAUCAACUCCAACACCGCCUUCUCCGAGCACAACUCGCUGGUCUCGACCGAGCCCAUCGACGUUCCCGACCCCAACGACGACCUGGCCCGCGAACUCGCCUUCUACAAAGUGUGCCAGGCCGCCGCCACCACCGCCCGCGGCCUGCUGAAGAAGGAGGGUGUGCCCUUCACCCGCCCCGGCGACUACUUCGCCGAGAUGGUCAAGACCGACGAGCACAUGGACAAGAUCAAGAAGAAGCUGUACGACGAGGCCGCCGCCAAGAAGGCCGCCGCCGAGGCCCGCAAGCAGCGCGAUCUCAAGAAGUUCGGAAAGCAGGUCCAGGUGGCUAAGCUGCAGCAGCGUGCGAAGGAGAAGCGCGAGACUCUGGAGAAGAUCAAUGCCUUGAAGAAGAAGCGGAAAGCAGACACGUCGGGCCCGACCGACGACUCCGGUGACCUGUUCGACGUCAGCAUCGACGACGCCAACCAGGCUGGCAGCCGGAAGCGCAGCCGCACCACCGAGAAGGGCGGCCCGUCGCUGAAGCGCCAGAAGAAGAACGAGAAGUACGGCUUCGGCGGGAAGAAGCGACAUGCGAAGAGCGGCGAUGCGCUCUCCAGCGGUGACCUGCGGAACUUCUCGGUGAAGAAGAUGAAGGGUGGCGCUAAACGACCUGGAAAGAGCAAGAGAGCGGCGGCAAAGGGACGUGUAUGA